AUGAGCACGCGAUCCAGAUCAACGCAGUCCCAGCGCGUGGCACGGCUUCGUAACCUACUCGCCCACGAUGCGGUUACGGUGAUGCCGUGCUGCUACGACGGACUGAGUGCGAAACUCAUCGAGCGCGCAGGCUUCGAAGUGACGUUCAUGACUGGCUUUGGCGUGUCUGCCGUGCAUGGGCUGCCGGAUACACAGCUCGUGUCUUUUGGCGAAAUGAGUCGCACUGCGGGCACUGUCUGCGAAUCACUGCGUGACAUUCCAUGCAUUGGCGACGGUGACACGGGUUACGGCAAUGCCGUAAACGUGAAAAGAACAGUGGCAGCCUACGCCCAGGCCGGUAUGGCCGGCAUCAUGCUGGAAGACCAAGUGGCACCCAAACGAUGUGGACACACUACCGGGAAAGCGGUUGUCUCGCGCGACGAAGCGUUUGCUCGCGUACGUGCGGCAGUGGACGCUCGUCGAGAAGGCCACUUUGACAUUGUCAUUAUGGCAAGGACGGACGCUCGAGGGACGCAUUCGCUGGAGGAGGCCAUUGCUCGCUGCAAAGAGUUUGUGACCCUUGGAGCGGACAUCACGUUCCUGGAGGCACCGCAGUCGAUCGAGGAGAUGGAGGCGUACUGCAGAGAAGUGCCUGGUCCCAAGAUGGCCAAUAUGGUGGAAAAUGGUCUUACGCCAGUUUUGUUACCGGAGCAGCUUGGUGCUAUGGGAUACACGCUCGUGGUCUAUCCGAUAACAUUGCUAAGCGCGAGUAUCCGUGCGAUGGAGAAGGCGUUGAGCCUGCUCAAGCACCAGACAGGGGAACAGAAAGAGGAAGGCACAGCCAAAAACGACGUCGAGAACGCGACGCCGAGUGUAGCACUGGACCAGUUGCUCUGCGACUUUGCACACGUAAAGGAUGUCGUGGGCUUUACGGAAUAUUACGCGGAGGAGGAGCGGUACAAGGCAUGA